UCUGUAAAUGUUUCAGCAUUUGUGUUUAAACACACAGAGGCUUUGUGGUAUUACUACAUGAUGGUACACUGUGGUAUUACUACUGCAGUGUAGAAAUACACAACUGCAGUACUUCCACCACUGCUCAUAUGUGGAGUGUGCGACUACACGUAUGACUUCUACAGACAUACAUGGAACACAUCAUGAAGAGAACAGCAGUGUAAACAGACCUGCAGAGUGUGUGUGUGUGUGUGUGUGUGUGUGUGUAGAUGUGUGUGUGUGAUAAGGUCUCCAGCCUGCAGGUUGUUCCAGGGCUUCAAUAAAAGGACAGCAGAUGCUCACAAUUACUGACACACACACACACACACACACACACACACACACACACACACAGGUCAGAGGGUGUAUGGUUUGCGCUGCUGAUGUGUGUCUGUGUGUGUCUCCGUGUUGUCUGUUUUUAUCAGAAUAAAGGAAACGUUCACCUCCUUAAGUCCCUCCUUCUCUCCUUGUUUCCUGUCCUCCUCCUCUUCUGUCCUUUUGUCUGUCCACCCCCCUCAGGACACACUGAGGCUGUAAUCAGUCCGUCAGCAGCUCGGAGGACAAGAAGAGGAGCUUCGGUCGUGCAGACAUGGCGUGGCUCCAUCAGAGUCGAGGUUCUCCCAGACUCGUCCUGGUCGUCGUGUGUGUUGCUCUGCUGCUUGACCACAUGCUGCUCACUGUGGUCGUGCCGAUCAUCCCAACAUUCCUCUACGCCAUAGAACAUCCGAGUCCAGAACCCCAGACCGCCCAGCCUUCACUGCUCCCUCUGCCCACCCUCAGUGCACCGGUCCUGGACACACAGUCAGAGCAGAGUCCCCAGUUGUCUUCUCCCACCUUCCCUCCUGUGGUGUCCCUGUUCGACAACACGACCUUCAGUCUGCAGGACACAUGGACUGAAUCCCCCCCCGACGUCGAGCCGACAGACCAGCCCAGCCUGACCACAGACCUGCAGAUUAACGAGACCACCAACACCUCAGAGUCCUCCUGUCUCCAGGACAGUAUCUUUCUGGAGGAGGAAAACGUUCGUGUUGGUUUGUUGUUUGCAUCUAAAGCUCUGGUCCAGCUGUUCAUCAACCCCUUCGUCGGUCCACUCACCAACAGGAUCGGGUAUCACAUCCCCAUGUUUGCUGGCUUCAUCAUCAUGUUUGUGUCGACCAUCAUGUUUGCCUUCUCAGGGACCUACGCUCUGCUGUUCUUCGCUCGCUCUCUGCAGGGAAUCGGCUCAUCCUUCUCCUCUGUGGCAGGUCUGGGUAUGUUGGCCAGCGUGUACACAGAUGACGGGGAGAGAGGCAUCGCCAUGGGCAUCGCCCUGGGAGGACUGGCUAUGGGAGUCCUGAUUGGGGCUCCGUUCGGCAGUGUGAUGUAUGAGUUUGUGGGGAAGAGCGCCCCCUUCCUGAUCCUGGCCUUGCUGGCUGUGUUCGAUGGAGCGUUACAGCUGUGCAUCCUGCAGCCUUCAAAGAUCUCUCCUGGGAGUGUGGAGGGGACUCCGUUACUGACGCUGUUACGAGAUCCGUACAUCCUCAUCAGCGCAGGCUCUCUGUGCUUUGCCAACAUGGGUGUUGCCAUCCUGGAGCCGACUCUGCCAAUCUGGAUGAUGCAGACCAUGUGCUCCCCUAAAUGGCAACUUGGUGUGGCCUUCCUCCCUGCCAGUAUCUCCUACCUGAUAGGAACAAACCUGUUUGGUGUUCUGGCCAACAAGAUGGGACGGUGGCUCUGCUCCAUGCUGGGGAUGUUCAUCAUUGGCAUCAGUCUGCUGUGUGUUCCCUUAGCCACCAGUAUCUACGGUCUGAUUGGACCAAAUGGAGGUCUGGGCUUCGCUAUAGGUAUGGUCGACUCCUCCAUGAUGGCUAUCAUGGGUUACCUGGUCGACAUCCGUCACGCCUCCGUCUACGGCAGUGUGUAUGCUAUCGCUGAUGUGGCGCUGUGUAUGGGGUUCGCCAUAGGGCCGUCCAUAGGGGGUGCUCUGGUCCAGGCAGUGGGCUUUCCUUGGCUCAUGGUGUUUAUCGGAGUGAUCAACAUCCUGUAUGCUCCGCUCUGCUUCCUGCUCCGUAACCCUGCUGUCAGAGAGGAGAAAAUGGCCAUCAUCGACCAGGAGUGUGUGAUGCAUAGGAAAAGCUACAAUACACAGAAAGAGAGUCGUGAGUUCCCUCUGAGUGACUACAGCGAAGAAGAAGAGACAGAAGAGUGACACACACACACACACACACACACACACACACACCUGUCGAUGUUGUCCACUUUGUGACGUUGUCUUUACAUUCAUCAAACUUCCUGUUGUCACACAGUCAGAACAGACAUGUCAGUAAUCAGUCAUGGUGCCGGUCAGGAUUUCUGAUCUCUUGUGUGCAGGUUUACAGAGUUAUUAAUCACAAUAAGUUUAUGCAAAUACAGUUAAAAGACGCCGGAUUACCUCCCGCAGUGUUGAGUGUUGUCUGUGUUACAUUAACAGCUCAAAAGCUGAAGAUAAACAGCUGAAAAGCUCAGUUGAAAAGUGUUUAAAAGGAUUACAUUUAUUCAUCAUAAGUCAUUUCUUUUAUUUGUAGGUUAAGUCAAACUUACCUAAAAACAUUGGGGUUUGGGAUGAAGGUUAGUUUUAAGUCUUCUUCAUGAAUUUGUCAGCAUAUUAGAAAGUAAGCAGCUACAAUUACCAUGUUGUUUAAGGUGAAAAAUACAAAAAUAAUUCACUAAGUUCUGCUAUUUAUAAAUCCCUGAAUUAUUUUCAGAAUGUUUGGUGUUAAUUAAGCAGAUAUCACAUGUGGUUUGACCCCUCAGUAAUCUUACUUUUUGAGUGUCUGAAGUGUUGAAAUGUAGACCUGAGUCUGAAUCUGACCUCUGACUUGUGUUGCUAUUAAAGCCUGCUGUAGCCUGGACAGCA